AUGGUUGAGCAGCAGGUGCCUUGGAUCCUGGGCUGUGCUCCUCGCCUUCCCCCCUUCCAGCCAGUGCUGAUCUUUUCUCUAGAGAAACUCCUCAAGCCAUGUGCCUUUCCAUUCAUCUAUCAGAAUGUGAAGUAUGACCAUUGCACAACAAUCAAUAGUGAUUAUGCCUGGUGCUCAGUGGAACACAUCUUCAAUGGCAAGUGGCGCUACUGCACUAGCACAGACCCCCCACCAUGUAUGUUUCCAUUCCUCUUCGGGUCAAAGUGGUAUCAUGACUGCACGGCUGAUGGGUUUGUACUGGGCAAGACCUGGUGUGCCCUGACACACAACUACAACAUGAACGGGUUGUGGAAACAAUGCUCACCCAAUGAUCUCGCUUAA